GGGAGCUCAAAUGAGGCAAACCAACUAACUAGUUGUCUUAUUCGUUGGGAACGUUUCAGUGGGAUUCCCAUCAUUACACCUACGGCGCAGUGUAGUUUUUUUAGCGGCUACAGUUGCCCCUCCACCCCACAGCCCCAACGCCUAUUUAUUACAUUCGGAAUUCAAUUCAUCGCCGCAGCAGCAAUUCCAGUUGCAGAGUUCGGGAGAAUCUCCGCCCUUUUUUAGAUCCUAAUAUUCACUUUUUCCUCCUGCCCGAGCUGAAGCUCCAUUUUGAAGAAACUUACACAGCUUUGAGUAGAAAAUUCUACUGCACAAAUUUGGACUAAGUUGAGAUCCUAUGGAGAAACUCAUGUUUCAAAAUGGUGUCAAGAAGGAUCAGUUGCUUUCUGCGGUAAAUGAUGACCAUGGUGGAGUUAUAGUGGAAUUGAAGGAGCCUAUGGACACCACUGUCUUCCAAAACAUGCUUAAAGCUUCAUUAUCCAAGUGGAAGUUGCAGGAAAAGAAGGGUGUUUGGAUUAAAGUGCCAAUUGAACUUGUAAAUUUGGUUGAAACUGCAGUUAAGGAAGGGUUUUGGUACCACCAUGCCGAACCACAUUACCUGAUGCUUGUGUAUUGGAUUCCUGAAACUGAGAAUACCAUCCCAGCAAAUGCCUCACACCGCGUGGGUAUUGGUGCUAUAGUCUUAAAUGAGAAAAGAGAGUUGCUUGUUGUCCAAGAAAAUAGCGGCAAAUUAAAGGGAACUGCAGUAUGGAAGAUCCCUACUGGCAUUGUUGAGGAGGGUGAGGAUAUAUUUGAAGGUGCAAUAAGGGAAGUAAAGGAAGAAACAGGAAUUGAUACUGAAUUUCUUGAAGUGCUUGCAUUCAGGCAAACACACAAGGCGUUGUUUGGCAAGUCAGACUUAUUCUUCAUUUGCAUGAUGCACCCUUUAUCAUUUGACAUUCAAAAGCAAGAUUUAGAAAUUGAGGCAGCACAGUGGAUGCCGUUUGAAGAGUAUGCAGCUCAACCUUUUGUUCAGAAACAUGGCAUUUUCAAGUACACCAAAGAUUUAUGCUUGGCAAAGGCAGAAAGUGGUUACCCUGGGUUUACUCCUGUGCCGAUAACAUCAUUUUUUGAUGGUAGUACGAGUUUCCUGUAUUUCAACAAGGAUGGUCUGGACCAGGAAAGCUCUGCAAUUCAUCUCUGAAGGAAGGAUAUAUUGGUACUUGAAUUCUUCUGUAACUAUUUUGAUCUUAUUCAUAAGUUAAUAUUUUUUUUAUAGCAAUUGUUUUGAUUUCCUAUAUGCAGUAAUAAUCUGUAAUUUCCAACUUAUCUUUGUGUCAUAUUAUCUACACGUUGCACGGAAGAAAAGAUCUAUAUGGACGACACCAAUUAGUUUGAAA